CUAACCUUGGCACGAGGUUUGUAAAGUUUCAUACAGACGGACACGAUAGUCUCUCUUGAGCGACUAAACGUUAUUUAGUAAUUUCGAGAAGUCACUAUUAAAUAUCUGAAUAUAGAGCCCUAAAAAAUAUCCGUGUGCGACCAUAUGGACCUUUUCGAGGAGAAAGUUCGUCUACAUGAAUCUACAACGGAAGUUGGUGGGCUCAUAAUAACUAAGUCAAAAGAAAAUUUCAAACAACCUCAAAAGUCCUUAUUUGGACUUGAUAAGUUGGCGGCAAAAAAGCGACAGGAAUCUGAGGAUCUUAAUCUACAGUUUAACAAGCGCGAUGUUACAAAUAAAGAAAGGUUCUAUAGGGAAAGGCGCGUUGAAACUCCUUCCAAUCGUGGGGGUGUUAGCAAAGAAUAUUUCGAUUCUCAGGCAAGAAGGCGUGAGCGUGACCAGAAAGAACGCUUAAAAACCGGUCUUGUAUCAACAUCCAGAAAAAUUGGUGAGAACUACUCAGACUCUCGAAAAUCAUCAGACUAUUCUCGCAUUGAAUUAGUCAGAGAAAAAGAAUCUCUCAGCACUCGACAUCGGAGAGAAGCAGAAUGGGAAGAUGAAACACCUAAUCACAGCAGUCGGGAAAAUAGAAGUACUACUGGAACAAGUAUUAACCGAUUUGAAACUCCUGAAAUAUAUAAUGUUGGAGGACGGUCUCCAGGACAUUCUAGCUGGGAUGAUUCUGGUUUAGGAUCUAGUCGAUCUACUACCCCUCGCACUACCGGAUCACUAGCUCGUAAUUCCAAUAAUGAUCGAUAUACCUAUACUCCUAUGCCUACUCCAAGUUUUAAGCAUAAUUCAUGGAUGCAAUCAAAUAAAAAUAACACAGGGAGUUCGGACUCCAGAAAACAGCAUUCGGGUCGUCAUACUCAUGGCCAGUCUUAUGCACAAGUUUCCAGUGAAAACGAAGGCGAUAGUGUGAAACCUGAUUCUACUGAGAUAGAGGAAGAUGGUGAUGAUAUUAAGGCUGAAAAUGAACGCUUAGAUCGUAAUUGGUAUCAAAUGGAUGAUGGCUAUGAUAAUGAUAACCAUCCGUUUUCUGACAUUCCUGAAGAGUAUGCUGCUAAAAAGGAACGUCAAUUAGCAGAACGUAAAAAACGACAUAAACAACGCUUAACUGCAAAAGCUGUCCAAGUUCAUAAAGAUAAUCAAGCAUGGGAACAUAAUCGUAUGUUAAGAUCUGGAGUUGUUCAACGAGUAGAUUUUGAACAAGAUGAAGAUUUCGAUGAAGAAGGUGAAGCUAGAGUUCACUUAUUAGUUCGUAAUAUACUUCCACCAUUUUUGGAUGGACGAAUUGUUUUCACUCGUCAACCUGAACCUAUUAUUCCUGUCAAGGACCCAGAGAGUAUAAUGGCCAAAGUUGCGCAGAAAGGCAGUGCCAUUGUGAAAUACUUUCGAGAACAAAAAGAACGUAAAAGAGCACAAAAGAAAGAAUGGCAAUUGGCCGGUACACGUAUAGGGGAAGUUAUGGGUAUAAAACCUCCGGAAGAACAGGAUAAUUGGACAGAGAAAUCACAUCGUGAUGCACAGACAUUUGCCGAUAAAGUAGGAGAUAUGAAAUCUGAAGCAGUUAGCGAGUUCGCUACACGAAAAACCAUUGUGGAACAACGACAAUACUUACCAGUAUUUUCCGUAAGGACAUCCUUACUGAGAAUGAUUAAAGAACAUCAAAUUGUAGUGAUUGUUGGAGAAACUGGAAGUGGUAAAACUACUCAAUUAACUCAAUAUUUACAUGAAGAUGGUUUUACAACUUAUGGUAUGGUUGGUUGUACUCAACCACGUCGUGUUGCUGCUAUGUCUGUUGCUCGACGAGUUGCUGAAGAAAUGAAUGUACGUUUAGGUGAAGAAGUUGGUUAUGCUAUAAGAUUCGAAGAUUGUACUUCUUCUUCCACUCUAAUUAAAUAUAUGACUGAUGGAAUUCUAUUACGUGAGUCACUACGUGAAUCUGAUCUUGAUCCAUACUCUGCAAUUAUCAUGGAUGAAGCGCAUGAAAGGUCUUUAAAUACUGAUGUAUUAUUUGGAUUGUUACGUGAAGUUGUUAGUAGGCGUAAUGAUUUACGUCUUUUAAUCACUUCUGCUACAAUGGACGCAGAAAGAUUUGCUCAGUUUUUCGGUGAUUGUCCUAUUUUUCGAAUACCUGGCCGAACAUUUCCUGUUGAUACACAAUUCAGUAAAACAACAGUAAUGGAUUAUGUAGAUGCAUCUGUGAAACAAGCAAUUCAGGUCCAUUUAGGCUCACCAACAGAUGGUGAUAUACUCAUUUUUAUGCCUGGUCAAGAGGAUAUUGAAGUGACAUGUGAACUAAUUGCUGAACGUUUGAGUAACUUGGAUGAAGCUCCUCCACUGUCCAUACUCCCCAUUUAUUCUCAGUUACCGAGCGAUCUUCAAGCAAAAAUAUUUAUGAAGGCUGAAAAUGGUGUCCGAAAAUGUGUCGUGGCAACAAAUAUUGCUGAAACCUCAUUAACUGUUGAUGGGAUACGUUAUGUGAUCGAUUGUGGUUAUUGUAAAUUGAAAGUUUUCAACCCUAAAAUUGGUAUGGAUGCAUUACAAAUAUUUCCAAUUAGUCAAGCUAAUGCUAAUCAACGUGCUGGUCGUGCUGGUAGAACUGGUCCAGGAGUGUGUUACCGUUUAUACACUAUAAGUCAGUUUCAAGAUGAAAUGCUUAUCACAUCUGUUCCAGAAAUUCAGAGAACUAAUCUGGCCAAUGUUGUUCUCUUAUUAAAAUCUUUGGGUGUUCAAGAUUUAAUGCGAUUUCAUUUCAUGGAUGCUCCUCCACAGGAUAACAUAUUGAAUUCAAUGUAUCAACUAUGGAUUUUCGGUGCUCUUGAUAAUACUGGUAGUUUAACAAAUUUAGGUCGUCAAAUGGUUGAAUUUCCAUUGGAUCCAGCUUUGUCUAAAUUAUUAAUUAUUUCCUGUGAUAUGAAUUGUUCUGAAGAGAUUCUGACCAUUGUAUCAAUGCUCUCUGUGCCAAGUGUAUUCUACAGACCAAAAGGUCGUGAAGAAGAAUCAGAUAAUGCAAGAGAGAAAUUCCAAGUCCCAGAAUCUGAUCAUUUAACACUAUUGAACGUUUUCACUCAGUGGCGUAAAUCAGGUUACUCAUCAGCAUUUUGUGCAAAACACUUUUUACACUUAAAAGCUAUGCGUAAAAUUCGUGAGGUUCGACAACAAAUGAAAGAAAUCAUGGAACAACACAACAUGAAUUUACAAUCGAUCGGCAGUGAUUGGGAUGUUGUGCGUGAAUGUUUAUGUGCUACUUUCUUCCAUCAAGCUGCUCGUAUCAAGGGUUUAGGUGAAUAUGUGAAUUUACGGACUGGUAUGCCUUGUCAUCUACAUCCAACUAGUGCUCUAUAUGGAAUGGGUUACACUCCAGACUAUGUUAUUUAUCAUGAAUUAAUUAUGACAACAAAAGAAUAUAUGCAAUGUGUUACAUCUGUCGAUGGUAAUUGGCUAGCUAAAGUUGGUCCUAUGUUUUACAGUGUUAAAGAUCCUAACCUUACUCGGUUGGAACGAAAGCGACAAGCUGAAGAACAACUCGUAGAAAUGGAAAAUGAAAUGCGUCUGGCUGAAGAACAGCUUUCUCGUCGACGUGAAGAACUUUCAGCAUCUAUUGGUUCAAGUCGUUUGCGACCAAUAAUUACACCUGGUAUGCGCACUCCUGGUACUCCUUUGGUGUCUAAACGUCCUGGCAGUAGACUUGGUUUAUAAUCAUAUCUGUUGUACGAUUAUUAAUUAAUGUACAUAUUUUAUUUUUGUAAAAUAUUUUCAAAUAUAAAUUAAAAGUUCAUCUUUCAAAUAUAUUUAUCUUACCACAAUUUGUCUUCUUAUUCUAUUAUUAAUAUUAUUAUUAUUAAUUACAAUAAUCUAUAUAUGGUACUUGCAUGUGUAGUUAAUCUGAUUGUUUCGUAGUUACACCUAAAUGGAUUAUUUCUGUAAGAGUAAUCCUUCAUCAAAUAAUUCUGUCAUUUGAUCUAAUACAACUUCGAUAUUAUACAUACCUUGUGAUGUUUGCUAAGUACAGGGUUAUUGUAGAGAUUGUAAUAAUUUCAAUAGUUGAGAUCAUAAGUCAAUUGAAGCUAGACCACUAUGGAAAGCCUGGAAGCACUGGACAAGCAUAUACUUUAUGAUGUUAAUCAUUUCAUUUCAUACUUCUUAACUAGGAAAUCAAAUUAACAAGAUAGAUAUGGUUUGUUUAAAACUAGAAAUAUAGAUCUAUUAACAGCAAAAAAAAAACUAGUUCAACCCUUAAUAUCAAAAUGAUAUUAUAUUUGUAAUAUCCCAAUGAGUAGAAAGAUGAAUUUUUGAUAUUUCAUGACCUAGUGUAAGUAGUAAAACUACUCAUUGGGAUAUCAUAACUAUAUCAUCAUUUUACUGUGAACAUUCUAUUCACUGUAGAGUUCAUUUGAAAUUGUCAGGUUUAGUAAUAAUACCUAAAGGUGUGUCUAGAGUCUUAAAGGUAGACAAACAACUGUUUCUCGACACUUUUAGAUUUCUGAAGUUCUGUAAAUCUGUGGAACGAUUUUGUUUUUGCUGGUAUUAUAUUCUCUAGGUCAAUUUGUUUAGUUGGGGAGCGUUCAGUAUUUUCUUGAACAACAUCAUUAGCGCUUUCACGAAAUAGCCCCUGAUGAUGAACACAAAACUACAAAAAACAAUCACCUGAGCUGUAUAUCUUCUCUAUCAUUGCUCUUCAUUUAUAUUCAGCGUUGUUUUGUUGGUUGUAUGCACGAUUGUUCUAUACAGUGUUCUAAUAAGCAUAUGAAAUAAGUUUUUGAAGAUAAUUAAGAGUGAGUUAGAUUCACCGUGUUAUUGUUAUUUGGUUGAUUGUCUCAAGUGACGUAACAAUCACACAACGUAAUUAUCAAACUAAUUUCGAUUUCUGUGUGUAGAUUUUAGCUGAAUAAGAGUAAUUAUAUAUGGUCUAGUAGAUGUGACUCGUGUUAGUGAACGCACAUUAAUUGAUUGGAGCCCUCACAACCAGUGGUUAAAGAUAAUGGCUGUUAUAACUCGGAAUCGGUUAUCACAGUGUUAAACAUUCAUCCACUCUUUGUCUUCAUGUAGAAUUUGAGCUUCUUCAUUCCUAUAUAUAUACCUUUUCAAAUAAUAUUUAGUCUUUCUCAUUACCAAUGAUACUAUUAUUAGUUUAACUCUUGUUUUUCUUCUCGUACUGAUGUGAUAUAACAACUUGGGCUAACGCGCAUUUGUGCUAGUCUCUAUGUUGAUUAUAACUGACUGAAUAAAUGUAAUGAGGCCACUGAUUAUAUUGUAAUUUAAAAUUAAUCUGAUAGACACAAUAGGUCAUUUAGCUAAAUUAGGUUUCAAAAUGUUACAAGGAUUUAUAAUUGCAGACGAAACUGCCGAAAUUUUUUUAAAACACUUAUAUUUCAUCACCGACAUUCAGUACAUCUUCCCUAUAUUCCAAUGACUUUGAGCUGUAAGGAUAUAUUAAAUGCUGCUACAUGUUUGCAAUUUCCGUACUGACUGAAUUGAUUUUGAUCAUAAAAAUAACCAUAUGAUUAGUAGGCAUUCUAGAUAUGUGUAUCAUGUAUCAUUUCACUCCAAUAAUAAGCGUUGAACCUAGUCACGUUAUGUACUAAUAGCUAAAAAUGACUAUAUAUAUAGAAAAUACUGUCCGUUAUUUUAAGAGUAGUUUAUAUUAAGCUGUUUAUCAUAUUAGUUUAUUCUAUCAUUGGUUUUCAAAUUCUCAGUUUCUUUGUGUUUUUUUCGUCUUCAGCUGAAUAGUGAACAUUAGCAGCGUACUUAUUUUGUAUGGUAUUGCGUGAUCCUAGACUACACUUAACAGAUAUUCCGAAUUCUUUCAUCUUCAUUCAUCAUCCUGUUUAAUUAAGACCCCUUUUUUGGAUGUAUCAAGUUUUAAUUUCGGUAAACGUAUAAUAUACUAACAACUUGGAGGGAUUUAUCAGGUAGUCAGGAAACGCUACCUAGAUACAAAACAAUUGACAGGAAAGUGAAACACUAUAACAGUGGAAUAAUAGCUUUGAUCUCAAUAAUCAACCUUCAGAUGCCAAAUUGUUCUUCGUAGUAAAUGGAAAAGGUUAGGUUUCGCAUAUUACGUAUCGGGCUAAUGUUGUAAUUCAAGGCUAUCACUCCAUAGAGUUUUUGUCACCAAUUGACACCGGCGAUAAUGCAAAAAGGUCAGGAUGACGUAUUAAGAGUGAAGCUGGAGUUCUGAAAUGGGUUUACAAAUUAAGGUUAAGAUUUUCAUCAUAAACUGACAUUAGCUAUGAUCCAGUGCUUUGUCACCCUUUUGUUUACAAACUUGAGAAACUUAGGUCUGGGAUUUAGAGUGAGUGUGAAAAGGAAACAUUACUUAGCGUCACCAAACGUUUUUGACUACACAAUCGAUGACGUAACUAUUUUGACACAAUCUUCUUUAGAGUAGAUUCGUCAUGUAAUUUAGCAUAAACACCACCUAAGAUUUACGUUAUCGUUGCGUAAUGCGUAUUUUUAUUGAUUUAAAACACUCCAAAAACCAAAUAUCGUCAUUUUCCACUAGGUUAGUAUUAACAUACACGUUAUUUAUCACCCCACUUUAAACUUUACGCAAAACAAUUGAGAUGUCAUCUUAAUUUAGGUUGGUGAACUCAAGGCCGUCGGUACACUAUACUUAUACCAUUAUUUCUUUACUUUCACACUAGUUGACUGCUCCGUAAAUUUUGUGACCAACUGCUGAAUAGUCAAAACAUGUGUUUCGUCCUGUUUGGAAUUCGUCAACUGGGUAUGUUAACAUCCUUAGCGGGUGUCGUCUCUACUGAAAUUUAGAAAUAGUAUACGUCUUGUUAAUUUACUGAGUUAAAACAAACACCCUUUUAUUGACCGUUAUCAGUCGUAUAUUUUAAGAACUCAUGUUUUAUUCAGUUAAAAAUUCUGUUGUGGUGUAUUAAGGGCAUGAAUAUUAAAAUUGGUCAAUUGAUUUACCAUAUUACAGACCAUUUUACUAUAACUAGCCUAUUAUUGAAUGAAUAAGAUUGUCAUUUAUGUAUCAUAUAUUGAGAUAUUCCUAAAAAUACUCAUGAAGAGCUCUACUGUAUAAAUACUUCAGUGUAUUUUGAGAGAUUUUUUCCCUUUAAUUUCAUAUCCUGUUUGUUACUUUUUUUCUUCACAAAUACUGUUUCGAUUUAGUCGAGUGAACAUUUGCAGGAUCCUGAACAAGUUGAAGAAGCUUUGGGUAUUUUAAAAGAUGACAAAGAAUUUGAGGAAUUCGAAAAAGAAACUUGGACAGCAUCAGAGGAAGAGAUUUCGGAUCUGCAAGUAUGGGAUGAUAAAUGGGAUUGUGAAGUUGAGAUAGAUGACCAGUUUACUCAAUAUUUAAGACAAGAAUUGACCAAACUUGGCCACUUACACGAAACUAAUUAAAUUCAUUGUUAAAUAUUUCAAAUAAAUCAUUAUCACGAUGAUUGCGUUCCAAAUAAACUAUUUGUAAUGAAUAAUACGUUCACAUUCCUCGUGUUACAAGUUUUUGACUUUCCGAUUUAGACAACAAUUGAGAAAAUUCAUAUUUCCUACGUCUUUGCGCACAUCGUUAAAGUGAGACGAAUACUUAUAGAGAGGUGCAAGCAUUCUUAAAAUGAUGUGAUUACAAAAGUAAAUCACUUUGCCAAAAGAGGAUAAUCUACUGUCGUUGAAUGUGUGCUGGAU